GGGAUAUGUUAUUGCUGCACAGCUCUCCAUGCUCGUGGUCGGGUUACAUGUAGCACCAUAGCAUGUCUAGUGUGCGACCUCCCAGCAGUGAGAAAGGCCGCCCAGCUAGCAGGGCCAACAAGCCAUUUUUAUUGCACUGCCUGCCAUUGCUGGCACAAGUCGACUUCCAGUAGAACAGAUAUUGAAUCUGAGGAUUGGGGACUUCAAGACAAGAGUGAAGUGCGCCAGUAUGCCAAGCUCUGGAAGAACACCAGAACUUUGGCUGAGUGUAACAAGUUAUUCAUAUCACAUGGGGUGUGGUGGUCUACACUCUGGAGGUUAUCUUACUGGGAUCCCUUUCAUCAAAUUGUUGUCAACAUUAUGCAUUGUCUACUGGAAGGCCUUGUGCACACUCAUUUUCGUGAAUUCUUGGGU